AUGCGCGUUUCAGAGUCAAGUCAUGUAGAACGCGAAGAUGAGGUAGUGCGCCGUAUCGAGAAGCGCGCCUUGGACUUCCAGGGUUGGCGAGGCGAUGACACAGUCAUGGAGCACCCCACAAUCCAGCGGUACGAGGUAGAUGUGUUUUACAACUAUCAUUAUGACUGGGACCCGACUAUGACUAAAGCCAACCGAGUCACGACAUUCAACAUCUACCUUGCGGGUGACUACACUCGAGGCGGGACUAAUUCCCCGUAUCUAUCGCCGCCGAAGGAUACCCGCUGGUGUGAUGUUAUCGAGUGCGAUGAAGCAGGAAAGGAUGGCUAUCAAGGGGUGGUCGUCAAGCCGAUCGCGAGAUCUGCCAUAUACUGGGAGAAUCUUCAAUUCACCCAAACGGUUCCACACAUCAAGGAGUGUGCCAUGCUGGCCUUCUAG